CAAAUAGUGGUCCCUAACAACAGACAAAGCGGUGUGGAAUCAAUACGAAGCCAUUCAACAACAACAACAAAAAACAUUACCCCAAUGGUGGACUUCCAAUCAAGUUGUAGAAACAUCUCAAGGAUGAUCAAUGGAAACAGGAUGCACCUGAGCUCAAUUUCGAGUCUCAUAGGUUCUGAAUACUUAUGUAAAAUAAGCAGCGUCCAGACAGCCUCCCCAAGAAGUAGAGAGUAGAGACAUGUCAGGAGGAAGUGGCUCAGCGGAUAUGGACGACUCGCAGGACCUGCCUGACUUGCCGACCAAGAAGGCCAGACAUGAGCUGGACGUUGGACUGAACCAAGAGCCAAGGGGACUACGUGAUGACCAGAUCCCUCCUACUCUCUUCCGCUCAGGAGAUCAGGGCAAUUCAUACUCUACGUUGUCUAAUGCUCAGCUUGAUGGAGCGGUGGCCAGCAGAGCGCUCACCACAACAACAUCCUCUGAAUAUAACUCCCAUAUCUACCAAGGAAGCAGACCAGCAGUGACAUCCUACACCACCAGCCAGGGUGCCUUUCCUCCUCUGGCCCAGGCCACAGUCUACACUGCCUUCCCUCAGGCAGGACAGACCCAGGCCACAGUCUACACUGCCUUCCCUCAGGCAGGACAGGCCCAGGCUACAGUCUACACUGCCUUCCCUCAGGCAGGACAGACCCAGGCUACAGUCUACACUGCCUUCCCUCAGGCAGGACAGACCUACGGCCUCCCACCAUUUGGUGCUAUGUGGCCAGGUAUUAAGUCAGAGACUGGUCUGCCUGAUGCAGCACCCUCUGUUGGCCAGCCUGGGUUCCUCAGCUUCAGGUCAGCAUAUACCUCAACCCAGCCAGACCCAGGCCAUGUGCACUGCUCAUACCCCAGCCAAGGCUCCAGUUUCACUACGUCCAGUGUGUACACUAACAUCCCCUCUGCUUCCGCAGCUACAGAGGCUCACCAGGAGUUCAGCAGCUAUAACGUCAACUCUCUGGGCCAGACCCAGUUCCCUCAGUACUACGCCCCGCCCCUUAGCUACCUCCCCGCCGGGCUGCCCAAUAGCGAAGAGAAUGGAUCCAGUAUGGGUGUGGCCGGGUAUCCAGCUAUAAAGACAGAGGGCAGUGCCUUGGCUGGACUGCCCAGCACUACAGAUGCAUGCCCACGUGAGAACCUCCUGACCGGCGUAGCCCUGCCUACAGGUGUGGCCCUCCCCACGGGGGCCCUGGACCAGGAUGAGGCGGGGAGGAGGAACCCUGCUGGGAAGGCCAAGGGGAAGGCCAAGAAAUCAGACAGCAACCAGCCUACUGACGCUGACCUGGAGCGAAUCUUUCUGUGGGAUCUGGAUGAAACGAUCAUCAUUUUCCACUCUCUGCUCACUGGGUCCUUCUCUCAGAAGUUUGGCAAGGACUCCGACACUGUGCUGAACCUGGGCCUUCAGAUGGAGGAGCUGAUCUUUGACCUGGCAGACACGCAUCUCUUCUUCAAUGACCUGGAGGAGUGUGAUCAGGUUCAUGUUGAAGACGUAGCCUCUGAUGACAACGGACAGGAUCUGAGCGCCUACAACUUCCUAGCGGAUGGCUUCCACAACCCCAGUGGUGUAGGUGCCGCCACAGGAGUCCAGGGCGGGGUGGAGUGGAUGAGGAAACUGGCCUUCCGUUAUCGUCGCCUGAAGGAGAUCUACAAUGGAUACAAAGGGAACGUGGGAGGCCUGCUGAGUCCCAUGAAGAGGGAGCUGCUCCUCCGGCUCCAGUCUGAGAUGGAGAAUGUGACGGACGCCUGGCUCAGCACAGCACUCAAAUCCUUGCUGCUUAUCCAGUCCAGGUCAGCACAGGGUAAGUGUAUGAAUGUCCUGGUGACGACCACCCAGCUGGUGCCUGCUCUGGCCAAAGUGUUGCUCUAUGGUCUUGGGGAUGUCUUCCCCAUAGAGAACAUCUACAGCGCGACCAAGAUAGGGAAAGAGAGCUGCUUCGAGCGCAUCGUCUCUCGCUUUGGGAAGAAUGUGACCUAUGUGGUGAUUGGAGACGGCCGUGAUGAGGAAUUUGCGGCAAAACAGAUCUCCGACCCUGAACGAAUAGCGGGUGAACAGCAUGCUCGUCUCAAUCUUAAAUUCAAGCACAACAUGCCUUUCUGGCGUAUCACCACCCACGGGGACCUGGUAUCCCUCCAUCAAGCCCUGGAACUAGACUUCCUGUAGAACGGAAGGAGUGGAGGUUAAGACACAAAGGGAAACUUGGUCAGUGCCCCCCCCAACCCUUCUGUUCGCUUGUGGAGUGACAUUAUAAGCUGAGUGUCCUCAGCUCCACACCAGCCCUCGAACUCACACACCCUUUACACACCUGCUGGCUGUAGUGUGUCGCUCUUUUCCCCGUGUGAUGGCUGUGGACUGAUCUGAGGUGGACUUUGGGGUGGCUGGGAAGCAGACUGGACAGACAGACCUACUCUCUGACGUAGAGCUCCUCCCAAGCAACACUCUCCAUAUGGCAGCUAUCCUCUAAAGACUGGGCCUGAUCACUGGGGCAUAGCAGCAGCGACCGACCGACGCCGACAGGCAGGACAUGACUAGAAUGAAGAAGACCGUUCCCAUAUCUCUCUCUCUGAAGUGUCUGUAGUCUCUGGCUCCACAACCCACAGGCUGUUUUCCUCUGUUCUCUCUCUGGCUUGCAUCCCAAAUGGCACCCUAUUCCCUAUGUAGUGCACUACAUUUGAUAGGGCCUAGUGCUCUCAUCAAAAAUGGUGCACUACGUAGGGAAAAGGGUUCCAUUUGGGACGUCGCCUCUUGUUAGUGGAUCGACGAAAGCAAAAGAUCUGCAGCCCUGUCUGGCAUCCCGGACGGACCCUUCUGGUUGUUUAGACCUUACACUUUUACUAUUUUUCCAAAUUCUCUUUCUGUAGGGUAGCUAUUCAUGAAAGUAUAAUGUCACUUCGAAUGUUUUUAUCAUUUUGUAUUUUUAAAAGGUUGUUUUGCACUCCAAAUGACUGAGGUAUCAUUUGAUGAGGGUUGGUAAUAAUUUUAGUCUUUUCAAAGCAUAUGAUUAGAUGACUACUUAAGAAUGACCUUCAAUUGACCUUCUGGAUGUAACCUGUCCACUAGUUCACUAACAGUACCGACGUGUUCUCUCCGUAAACACCUCCCCUGUCCUGACCUCUCCACUGGGGGGCGGCAGGGUAGUCUAGUGGUUAGAGCGUUGGACUAGUAACCGGAAGGUUGUGAUCCAAA